CUGCGAGCAUGCGUAAUGACGAUUUAUAGUGGGAAGAGCUUUUCUGUCAACAACAGGGAAGCUACGGUCAGGUCGAAUCUGAGCAGAGGAGAGGCCAUACCAUAUGGGCUCAAAAACGGCUUUCCAAAUGUAAAGAAAAUGCUAAUAACGUUGUGCUACGUCUACCUUUGGGUGCGCUUUCAAAAGUGCUACACAGUGGUAAUUCGGAGCACCCUGCACAGAUUGUGCGGGGGGAGCAAAACCAAUGCCAGUAACGUUAGCUUCACAUUCUGUGCCUUGAAUCCACUGGGGAAGCCUCGACUUCAGAAAGGACAACCAACCAGCCUGCAAAGUGUCAAUAAGCAGCUCAGUCCACCUCUGCCUGAGGAGGACGUUUUUCUCAAGUUGGGCGACAAGGCUAUUUACAUAACCGAACCUCAGGCAUGUGAGGACCUCAGCAAGUGGACUCUUUUGUGGGGGUCCUCUCUGAGUUGUGGCCCGCGGAUAGAGAACAUUUCUUUCAUCAUAGAGGCUACAUCAGGACAAAGAGUGGGCAGCCAGGCUCAUCACACUACAGAAAAUAAAAAAGUGCUGAAGUGGUCAGACUACUGUCUGCCUUUGGCCUGUAGCCCAGUGCAGCCGUUCAGGGCCGUGGCUCAGGCCAGCGUUGACAACUUCAGCCGCCUUGGGGUGGCGUUUAUGGAAGAUCGCCUUCAGCUGGACAAUGGACUAGUGCCUUCAAAGAUAGUCUCUGUCCUGCUCCGAGAAUCUGCAUUCAAAGAACUUCUGGAGAAGGGAAAGUCGGAAAAGCACAUCUCUUCCCUCAACCUCAAAAAACAGACUGAGAUCAUCCUCUCUGAGCCUUCUCCCUGCGAGUGGGAGGUACUCUCAGUGAGAGGCGACCUCCAGCUAACACAAAAUAGGAAGUGCAGCCUGCUCCAACCGCCAGAGAUCCAGAGGGCUUUAGUGGAAAGACGAGGCUCCGAGCCCCUACGAGGAGUCAGCCCUGGGGUGGACAGCGGGGACAACUCACUUGGCAUCAACCACCAGCACAUGGAGGGCCACGGCCGCCACCUCCACCUCUCCAGCUGCCACGAGUGCCUGGAGCUGGAGAACAGUACCAUCCUUUCCGUCAAGUACGCCUCGGUCGACAACAUCCCUGACCUUCCCGACGACUACGCCACGUGCACGGACAGCGGGGACGAGACUCUGGACGAGUUUGAGGAGGACGAGGCAGAGAGCUUUGUUGGUCAAAGCCGGCGGGUCAACGUUACCGGGAAGCCCCCCAACGUGCUGGUGUUCACGGGUGGCUGCCAGGAGAGGUUCCAGAGGGUGCGUUCGCUGCUGGGCGAGUGCAUCGACAUGGACAGCUACACGGUGUACCCCCUAAGGCCCCAGCAAGCCCUCAGUGAACCCUGGCUGGAGAGUGCAAUCCUGCUAGUGCUGGCCUCAGACGAACCCCUUACCCCCCAGCUCCAGGCCCGUUUCCUUGCAUACCUAGAGCAGGGUGGCAGGGUCCUGGGGCUCUCCUCCACCCUCUGCCCCACGGGGCUGGCCCUGGUGCCCAGGAACAGCAGGAGGAGCCAGAUCUGCAGGCUAAGCUUCACCAAGGCUGAUACCACAGAGCUGGAUCUGAGCGUGCUUGCCAGUGGGAGUGUGUUUGUCAGGGAGCCGCAGAGUGGUGGGGACCCUGGAGAGACGGAAGUCUGGGGGGAGCUGAAGUUGGACGGAGAUGGUGGAGACAAGGACAUGGUCAUCGUCAGGGUGACGCGUGGAGAGGACCGAGGGGAGGCUGUGCUGUGUCAGGUGCACCUGGAGACGGCCCCCAACUCUGAAGAUAUUGUGUCGUCUCAGGGUUUUGACGAGCUGAAGAUGAGCAAUGCGCGGCGCUACGAGGUCCUGACGGAGAUCAUCACCUCCCUGGGCCUGAGCUGUGAGCAGUGUCAGGCCCCGCCGGCCAGCCCUGUCUACCUCCUCGCCACCUCUGAGGAGCGCAGGGCCAGCUUCCUCAAGUGGCUGCACACCCAGUUGGACAAAGAAGGGCUGCUCAAGUGUUCCAAGGCAUUCCUCAAAGUAGUCCCCAGCGCAGAGCUCCAGGCUGGGCCCCCCCUGCUGCCCAAGGGGACCCUGGCCCUGGUCACGGACGCCCCAGAGGCCCAGAGCUGGGAGCAGUUCAGCCUGCAGACCUACAGCCAGCACCUGGAGACCCGCACGCUGGGACGGACCCUUCUCUACACUCAGGUCACCCCUACCACAAUGGACCUACUAGAGGGGUUGAUGCUCCAGCUGCCUGAGAAAAUGGGGUUAACUGCUAUCGCGGCUCGACAGACCCAGGGUAGAGGCCGUGGGGGGAAUGCGUGGCUAAGUCCUCUGGGAUGUGCCAUGUUUAGUGUGCAUGUGCAAGUGGCUGUGAGUUCCAGACUGGGCCAGAGGAUCCCCUUCCUGCAGCACCUGGCUGCCCUGGCCGUGGUGGAGGCCGUACGCACCCUUCCCGGUUACCAGGACAUCGACCUAAGGGUGAAGUGGCCUAAUGACAUUUACUACGGUAACCUGAUGAAGCUAGGAGGAGUGUUGGUGACAUCAACAGUCAUGGGGCCAACCUUCCAUCUCCUCAUUGGCUGUGGCUUUAACGUCAGCAACAGCAACCCCACCAUUGCCAUCAACGACCUGGUGAUGCAGCACAACCGAGAGCGUGGCACAAGCCUGGAGGCCCUUAGCUCAGCCCAGCUCAUUGGCCGCACCCUCACCUGCCUGGAGCAGCUCAUCUCUGACUUCCAAGAUCGGGGGUCAGAGGCCGUCCUACCCCUCUACUACAAGAGAUGGGUGCACAAUGGGACCCAGGUGCGUCUGUGGAGUGAGGAUGGCCCCCAGGCUGUCGUAGUGGGCCUCGACGACAACGGCUUCCUGCAGGUGCGCUCCGAGGAGCAGGGCGUGGUCUCCGUGCAGCCUGACGGCAACUCCUUUGACAUGCUAAGGAACCUGGUGGUCACCAAGCAACGCUAGGACCCUGUAAGGAUCCCUAUAGAGUAGCCCCUCCUGGUUGCCUGAAGGGCAUUUUAGCCAGGGGCAUCAUGAAAGAAGAUUAGCCAGCUCCUAUGUAGCUUGAGUUGGAGAUACUCUUAACUAUUUGUGAGAUCUCACACAACUAAUCUGCUAGGGAAAAAUACUACUUAAUUUUUUUCUUGUUUUUUACUUGAAAAAAUAACGAAUUGACCUAUCAAUUACUUAUCUGCAAGUAUAAAUACAAAUGUUCGCUCAUUUUACUUGAUAGAUUGGCUGAAACUUAUUGGGAAGUAAAGCAUCUGAAAACGUUUGUUAGGAUACAAUUCCAUGGUAUUUAGGUAGCUGUUUUUAAAAGUUGGCCUGUUUAGUGUAGUGCGGUGGUAGUGGAAUUACUUGACUAGUUCAUGUAUUACAUCAGGGUUUCCUAACAGCAUACAUUUUGGUUGUAGCCCCAGACAAGCACAUCUUUAUUACAUGAUCAAAUUGUAGUUGGCAGCUACAGGAUUUCUAAAAUACAGUAGUUUAUGAAGAAUACAAAAUUAGUUAUUCACCCAACUCACUUAUAUUCAAUAUAUAUUGUACAAUAGCAUGGUUUAAGUGUAAUAUUUCCAGUAAUUUUGUGCAAAGGUUGUGAAGUCAAAUUGUCAACACUGAUUAUUUCCUUUUGUAAUGUAGUAUUCCAUGUAAUAUCUUUAGUUACAACACUCAAAGGCUCUCGAGAAAGUGCUGGAGGUCAAAAGUCUUUUUUUCCAGAGGUGUUGACGCGAGUGCUAUUAACAUGUUAAAACACGUCUUUAGCUUAUCGCUUGGAAAUGUACCAAAUCUGCUUUGCGUAAAGACAUUGUGAUGCUAUAUUGACAUGGGAGGUCACACUUAGAUGCAAAUGUAUUCACUGAGUGCAAACACAAUGUGAUAGACUGCCCGAAGGCUGGCACCUAAUCCCAAUUGCUGGACUGUUUAGCAUUGUUUGCUACUGAGCUACGGGAUAACCCAAGCCUGUUGCGCUGAGUCAUGUAUUAACUUAUGUUAUCUUAGAACUCCAAUUUAAGAACUAUAAAUUCAUAUCACUUACUUCAAGCCUUGCAUUUGAUGUUUUGGAGGUUACAGUGAUAUGAUUUUGUUACUCUUUAGGACAGGCAUGCUGGAUUGCAUUCCUGACUUUAAGUUUCAGAGACUAUAACUGAUACACAAUGUCUAACAUAAGAUACAUAUUUGUAAGAUAAAGAGGUGAUCUGUAUAUUUUGAUAAUACACACAAUUGAUGUAAAACAUCAGCACUCUAUAACUAUGUAAUUAUGUAAUAAAGGAAUACUGGUUGCAGUUGUUUGAUGAAGAAACUGUUUGGUAAACAUAUAUAAAUAUCAAUUAUCUUGUCAUUCCAAUAAGAGCUAUUAUUAAAAACCUAUACUGAAAUAAA